GCCUGUGUCACUGUAUGGGAAAUGAGUGGUCAUGUAAAGAAUAUGUGUCCUCAGCUGUCCAUAUCACAAGCAGCAAGAACAUUGCUCUCUCUGUUACUGGUUGCUGCCAUUGAUUCAGUUAGUGCUGGAGUAGUAUGUAGGAAGCAACCGUGUGGGAGUUCCCUACAAAGAAGUUUGAAGCUAACCAAACUCAUACACAAGGAAUCUGUGGACCUCUUAAAAACAUACAAGGUCAGUCAAGGAGACAUGUCAGAGCUGUUCUGCCAGAUGUCAAUCAACAACGUUCCUGACCCAAACAUCUCUGGCCUUGAUCCCUCAGAGCGGAUGUUGAGCAUCUACUCCCACUGUAAGGCUUUCCUACCACACCUGAAGAGGGUCACUGAGCAACAGACAGACUUACAGCCACCCUCCAGCGCACUGCUGAGCAAACUCUCUACUGCCCAGAACCGCACCAAUGGUCUGGCCAAUCAAAUAAACUGCAUUUACCAAACCUUCUUUCCAAACCUGCCCAUCCCACCUGAACCUGUAGACGGACCGACUUCAGUACCCCCCUCCCAGAACGUGUUCCAGCAGAAGGUCUAUGGCUGUGUGGUUCUAAAGAGAUUCAAGGAGUUCCUGUCACGGGUCACACGUGAAUUAAGGACCCUAAAGAGCCAAGUGUGCACUAGGAGGACAUCAUUUGCAGACACAAAUGCACUGUUCUGAGGCCGACUUCCUAUUUAUUUUAUUUAUUAUUUAUUGUACACUUGUUUAGAACUUAUGGAAGCUUAUUGCUGCCACUGAAAAAAAACUGGCCGGCCAAUAUUUUUCAGUGGCAGCAAUAAUUCACUUGGCAUACUACGUCAUUUCAACAUCGUCAUUUGUGUAAUAUUUGGUUGUGACGUUCAAUCUUUAAUCAUCCACUCAAAAAGACAGCCAGAAGUUGGUUGAAUUCCCAAUGUGUUAUCGAUAUGCCUUCAACCAUCUA